AUGUCUUACCAGCCCAUUACUCUGGACUCGAUCUACCAACAUGCGACGCAGGUACAUGAGAAGCGUCUAGCGUGAGUGCUUGUUUACGAUGCAUGAAUGCACCUACACUCCCCUCGUUUCUCCAUUUGAGACACGCUCUCAAAGCAUACCAACUGAUCCUCACCUACAUCAUCGCUGAAUCUUUCGAAUAGUGCCCUCGUCAAAGACCGGCAUGAACAACUCGCGAGCCUGUAUUACGCGAUGCAGGACAAGUCGCGUGCGACCUCGUUCGAAGCCGGGCUCCGCACCCUCGCCACGGCCAAUGCAUCCAACCCACCCGAAAAUCAUAACCCCCUCAUGACCUUGGACAAGUUUCAACGCGAUUUCAGUGAUGCGACAACGUGA